AUGAAUCCACAAUUCUGCCGCCCAUUUGUUAUGAGACCCAAGCUUGUCCCUGUUGUUGUUAGACCCACUGUUCCAGCUGAUUACAGAACAUUUGAUCCACCUUCUCCUACAUAUAACAUUCCUCUGUUUCCCAUCCCUCUUACUGCUGAUGCUGCCCUAACAACACGAAAAACCAGAUGGGAACUAGAAAAGCUGGGCAGUCCUACUGAUGGUUGGACUAAGGAGUUGUUCUUUGAGCUUGCAGCACAGAAGAACGGUAUCAGAAUUGGAAAAGAGCAGAAUAAAGGUGAUAGAAAUUACUGUAUGUGUUUGGUCCACCGUUGUUUGGUCAAACCUCUUCUAUAAGCUACCUCUAAGAAAUGGCCACAAGGUGUUUUCCUGAUCACCAUUUAUUUUUUUUUAGAUUUCAACCAUGGUUGCAACUUAGUUGUUGUUAAAGUUGUUGUUUUUCCUCAAUUUGAUUCCAUUCUUUUAAAUCAUAGAAAUGAUGCCUCACUAUUACUUUGGCUUCCCUACAGCUUGAAGGUCCACUUGAAUUUUCAUUUUAUAAUGUGUGAUGGUGCCUGCAAGGAGCUACAGUGUAUUAGAAGUACUUUUUAUAUUGUUAGAAAUGACUCCUGGGUUCAAACCUUUCACAGGUUAAUACACAGUAAUGAUAUAAUUUUUUGUCCUGCAAAGUACAUGUACUGUUGGUUAAUAAUGGUUCACUUACCAUAGGACUUUAUCUCUCCUUGACAGCUGGAGCAACAGCAAAGCAGAGUGGUUCUCUGGAGGACUUUAAAAAGAUUGCUGAGAAAAAUGGAAUAACUGUUUGCCCAGCAGGUAAUGAAAUACUUAGAAAAACCUAGAGGUGUGAUAUUAUUACAGUUGUACUUGGAUAUUCUAUAAAAUUAAAAUUGGAGAUGAUCAUUUAUACGAGGUACAUGUACAUCACACAUGAUCUGAGCCUAUUUGUGGCUCUCUUUGGCCAUUAUUGAAAACAUAUAAAAGGAUUGUAACUUGUCAGCUUUUCAUCCAAAAAUGAACUUAAAAUCUACCUCUUCUUAUUACUGGAGCCAAGUAUUUUUGAGGGAAAAAAAGAUACUUGUUAAUGAAUUUUACAAGCCUUAUAACAAGAAUUACACCUGCGGAAGUUACUGGCUAUAGACCUCUUUAGCUUGUAUGUUUUGUUUUCCCAGUACAGGUCAUGUGUUAAUACUCUAGAGAACUAUUUCUUUCAAAUUUUGUUUCAUUCACAUGCAUAUGUGUGCAUAAUUUAUGAAAAGACAAGGGUCAAGUUCCCCUGAGACCUCUAUUGGGAAAGCAAAACAUACAAGGUGUAGAGGUCCACUGUCACCAGCCAGUGUUUUUUCCUUAUUGCGUCAGCUCCACUAUCUAAUGUUUCUAUUUACUGGGUAAAAUGUCCAGUGGUUGUUAUUGGAACUGGAAGGCAUUAUUAUAAGAUAAUAGGGAUUCAGAGAAUUUUUCAGGUAGACUCUUGAUCUGCAGUUUUGUUGCAUGUUUCUCAGUUUAGCCAGCGUGCAAAGAAAGUAGUAUCUGAUAGCCCGGGGCUAGUGGAUUUUGCUAUCGGGCUAGUGAAUUCUGUUUUUAACUUGCCCGACGGGCAAGAGAUAUUUUUUUAGGAAUUCGAAUGACAGAAGAACUGUAGUCAAUCCUGCUCAUCAAAUUUUUUUUCGGGCUAGUUGAAAUGACUUUUGGGCUAGUACAUGUUAGCUACAGCUUGCCCGAAUGGCAAGCUGUAAAACUGACUUUCUUUGCACCCUGGUUUAGCUCUUGUUAAAUGAAAGAGUUUCCAGUUUGGCAUGUGCAUGCUAGAGCAAACAGUGCAAUCUUAGUUGCCCUAUAAACGAACUAAUGUAUUCCUGUUCUAUAAUACCAGCAGGUUCAAAAGAUAAAUUAGCAGUCACUAGUGCACAUAGUUCAGUGGUGAACAGUACAUCAGAUGCCAUUGGGGGAGAUGAAGGAACACUCAUUUCUACAACAUUGGCACAAGUUGUGUUAUCAAGCAGCAGUUUGUCAGCAGAAGCAGAGAGUUGGGAAAACUCUUGUAGAGAGACACAUGUUGGAAAAGUAGAGAAUGCUCCUGAGGCUACUGGAAGUGCAAGUGGGUUUGAAGCAGAGGUGGAAAAAGAAAUGAAUACUGUAUUUCCUGUGAUUGAUCUUUUCAAGAAUACUGUGGCAGGGAAUUGCCUCAGCAUUGAAGAAACAAAGGACUGUGAGAAAAUUCAGUCAGUUAAGGGUUACAAUCUUUGUAAGGAACGUGAAGUCAUCGAUGAGGAAACUAUACAUUUUGUAGGAAAACUGUCGACAGAAAAUAAACCUGUCACAGGGUCUUAUGAACCAGUUGUGAGUUUUGAAACCCCAGGAAAACCUGAUGCACUUCAGUGUGAAAGUUUUGAAACAAAAACUCUUGAAACAAGAAUGGGAAAAACAAGCUCAAAAGAUGAAUCUGAAAACCUAGAUGUAGAGAAAAAAGAAGAGAGUUUUGAAACUGACAAGGCAUCAUGUGAGACUACUGCUUCUUCAGGAACUGUGCUCACAAGUGAACAUGUUGCAGCAGGUGAAAUGUCUUUGACAGGAGCUGCUCAAAUCAAGACAUUUCAAGAAAUUGCCCGCCUAAAAGGUAUUAAGGUUGGCAAUGUUUCAGGUGAAGAUUAUUCAACUGCUAAUUUCUACAAAGAGCAAAUCUCAGGGGCUGAAAGUGUAGCAGAUACUCAAGACGACCAAGAUGCUCAAAUUGCCAAAUUUCAAGAAAUGGCUAGAUUGAAUGGGAUUAAAGUAGGUGAUGGUACUCUUAGCAAGAACUCUGGUGACAGUUCUUUGGAACAGCUUGAAUUUAUAAUGGGUGAGAACGCACAAGGCAGUGAUUAUUAUACAGACAUGUACACAUGUCCUUAUGAGCUGGAUCCAGAUCCGCAAAUUGCCUUGUUUCAAGAAAUUGCGCGUUUGAAGGGUAUUAAAGUAAGCAAUUCAAGAUCUUCAUCGCAUUGCUCUAGUUCACCUGCUCCUAGUGAAGAUCUCUUCUUCCCUCAAGAAGACAUGCUUGAUCUCCCGGCAAAGCAAUCUGUUGUUACAAAGAGAGGUGUCUUUGAGGAACUGGCAAAAAGAAAUGGAAUAAAAGUUGGGAAAAGUACUGAAACACCUGUUGGUGCAAAAAAGUGCCGUAAUGAUUGCGUUGCGACACCUCCAGUUACCAGUGUUACACAGGCUAGUACGCAAACUGAUGUCACCGUUGUGUUCGAUUGUUGUUGUCAAACAGGCAUGGAGACUAACAAGACCACAGGCGUUCAAGUGAGUGCAUCCAAAGAGGCUUUUGAAGAGGAGUAUCUGCUAUGGAAACUUGAUGACAAAGCCACUGAAGAUGAAGGAGAUGAUUUGUGUUAUAAAGAUUUGUACUUUGAUGAAAAGAAAUUGCAGGAAGAACUGAAUGCAUGUCUUCAAAAUGAAAAGGAUGUGUCUGCCAAUGCUAGACAUAACCACAAGCGAGUUAUGGAUCAGUUAAAAGAGGAUAUUAGUGGGAAAUCUGAGGAAGUUGAGGUGAGUAUAACUUACAUGCACGCAGCAAACGUUCAGGCAAGGAUUACUGUGAGGUGCACAGCCUGUCUUGAACAUGCACAUUGUGUGCAUCUUCUUAUCCUGCACCCUGUAUUAUUUUCUUUUGCUUUUGUUUUGCAGGCACCUUGUCAACAGACUGUUUAGAGCAAAGGCUUUUCUUUGUAGCAACAAUAAUUUUUAUUGUUUUUUAGAAAAAUUUAAACACUAAAAGGUAGCAAGGGUACACUUGACAGACCCUUUCUGGGCUCUAACUGAGUUUAUCUGUGACCCUUCAUGCGAAAAGGGGGCUUAUGGAUUUCACUAAAAACCGCGAAUUUUUUUCACGGUCACGGUGCGUGAAUUAGAGUUUUCACGGCGUGAAUUUCAAAUUCCACGCCCGUUCACUCCUUGCGAGAAUUUUUCACUCUUGGCGUGAAACUGAUCAUGUUGCGAAAGAUCAGUGAAGACUUCCACGCCGUGAUUAUUUCACCGGUGUAAACUUUCACGCCGUGAAAUUAAGAGUGAACACAUUUUCACGCCGUGAAACAUGUCGGGGGUGAAUGAAAUCUAACCUUUUUUUUUUGUUUUGUGUUUUUUCUCGCCCCUUUUCGAACUGGAAAAAAACGAGAAUACCUGGUCACGUCAAGCUAAAUUUGUGGAAGUUGAUCCCACGCAAAAAAUAGCUCAUGACAAAAAUAUAUAAAAAAAACCGUAUUCAGACUAUUCCGUGUUCAGGCCUGUUAAGCCACAAUUCACAAUCAAACUAGUCACAAUUUCUUGUCGAUAUUUUUAUGUGUUCAUGGCAAGUAUUUUAUUAGAUAUGCACGACCGGAACUGCGUGUGUUUCAUGUCAGUUUGCAUUGUUUACAUUGUCUGUAACUGCAACAGUCGGUCACCUUUGCCUCUUUUUUUUUCUUCUCCUCAACCUGCAAAUUUUCCCAAUGUCGAUGUCAGAGACGAUUAGUUAAUAACCACACAUGGCAAGGUUUUCACUCAAGAAACCUAACGAAAUUCUUUGCGGAAAGACUAACUAUUACUGCCAUUCCUAAAACCGGGAUAAUUGUCGUCUGUGUCGACGCGCAUUGCAGUGAAGUGACUAAUCUUAUCUGCAGUUUUGUAGCCCCAUCAUCAUCCAUCACACGUGCAAACUCUACUUGAUUUAUCAUGCUCCAUUUCAAGUUCCUUGUCUCAUUGCUAAAUGUUAUACUCAAAAUUUCGCCGUUACAACGAUCUGAACAGAAGGGUAAAAAUGAAAUAAAUCCAAAAGAUAUCACGCAAUAUCAAAACAUGCGUUACAUAUUUCUUCAUCUUGUCGCCACCGAGUCUAGCAUUUGCAUAACUUCGUGGAAGAGAUAAAAGCUUCUAAAUUCUUUUAAAUUUUAAACGAUACUUUGGUUGUAAAUUUAGAGAAUACAAAGACGGAAUCAUGCAGUUGUUGAUUAUCUUCGGCGAUCUUCGGUGUCUUUUUUUUAGCGAUUUCAUUUGUUUUGCCGAAAAUAAAAAAUCAAAAAGUACUGACCAGUACAUGUUACAUUCAUCUGGGCAAAUAAAGGCUUGCAUGACAUCUAAACAGUACACUUUUGAAAACAAUGUUACAUUAAUUUUCAUUUUGACUGUUGGAAGAUUUUCACGGCGUGAAAUUAAAUUUCACGGUGACUGAAAUUUUUCACGGCAUAAAAUAUUUUCACGGCCAUUAUAAACUUUUUCACUGCGUGAAAUUUUCACGGUAGCCGUGAAUUUUUCACGGCGUGUUCACGGCGUGAAAGAGAAAUUUCACUCACAUUCCAAAAAUUUUUCUUACUUUCACGGCCUGGAUCGUGAAAAUAGGCAUAGCGUGAAAUUUAGAUAAGCCCCCAAGUCGCGUGAAGGGUCACAAUUCUAAUCAUUAGAAGUUGUUAUACUUAAAACCAGAUUGCCUCUCUUUGUUUUCAGAAACUAAAGAAAGAUCUCAAAACACUUAAAAGACACAAAGAAACUGAAAUCAAACGAAUAUCAAAGGAGCUGAAGUCCAAAGAAGAAGACCUGGAGGCCACUAAAAUUGCCCUACAACUCAAGGAAGCUGCGUUGGAGGCCCUGAGGGUAGUAGCUCAAGAGCAAACUGCUAAGCUGAAGUCUCUGGAAGAACAGCUAGAUGAUAUGAAGACAACUCUGUUCGCGGCCAAGAAGAGCAAUGACUGUGAAGCAUGGUUGGUAUCUCUUUCUACAGUUUUCAUCUACUAACCUGUUGAUAACCUUUGAUUUCAAGGGCUCUGUCAAACGGGUCAAACAGCAUCUAACAUUAGUAGGUCCAACAAAAUUGGAGGGUUUGAAAAAACUUGAAUUUCAGCUUGUCCUUUGAGCAAGCAGCUCUUACAUUUCGCUUGCCCAAAGCCUGCGAGCAAGCUCUCUGGGGUGCUCUGGCGGUGGGGCAGGAAAAGAAAGGAGAGCUUGCAACUACGUCAAUGGAAUUUGAAUAUCUGCAUUGAAAAAGUCAAUACAAAAUGUUGAUUGGCAGAGGUGACAUUGAUAAUGAUGUCAUUACCCUUUUCACAGGUUUUUCAAUGUUUGUUUACAUUCGGGUUCAUUAUACCUUCAUGCGAUUGGCGGAAAUCUGACAGCUCAGUCAACGGGGAGCCACAGGGGAAUUGCAGGUGGAAUUCAAAUUCCAGAGACGUAGUUGCAAGUUUCCUUCCUUUUCGCACCCCACUGCCAGAGUGCCCCGAAGAGCUAGCCCCAUUCACAGGCUAGCUUGCCCAGGGCUACUUCAUGGUAAUGUGGUUUGCGUAAAGAGACAGUCAUCUUUAUUAAUCUCCUCUUUUUUUCUUCUCAGCUUGAAAAGAAGAACAGAAGCUGAAGGUGAUGGUGAAACUACAGGCCUCAAGGGCAGUGACCAGGAGAAACAGAAUAAUGAUGGCUGGACAGUUAUUGUAGGGAAAAAAUCAAAGAGUCCCAUGAAUAAACCAACCCUUGACAGAAAAGAACAGGCUGUGCAGCAACAUAAAGACGUGGACCAAUUGUGUGAGAUUGACUUGAGAAGUCCACCUCGUUCAUAUAGGCAGUCUGUUGGUCAGAAAUCAAGCGUCAGUGAUGAGCAAGAUACCAGCUCAUGUAAUGCUGAAUCUUCUGAGUCAACAGGAGGCAACAAUGCCUGUGGUGAAGCAAAAUCCCCUAUUAGUGUGACACCCACUCAAGUAGGAAACAUCACAAGGGCAGAAAAUUUGAAAGAAGUGCCAUCAACAUUGUCAAGUUCGGCUCAAGAACCACUUUUAUCAUCGGAAAAAAAUCAGCAAACUGUACCCAGAGAUACCAAUUCAAAUGGACAACAGUUUCCUAUGAACGUACAUUCUAGUAAUGGUCAACAACCAGUGCCUAUGAUUGCUCCACCAGGGUUUGCCACACCAGCUACUCCAUUCCCUGUCGUUCCUCCAGAACUGUUAUCCCAGUAUUUGUGUAGCCUGCAGAUGAUACAAAAUGGUGUUGCUUCAGGAGGUGGGCUGCCUAAAAAUUCUGCACCACUACGCCGUCCUCCUGGUCUUAACACUGAGCCUGUACCAGAGGGGGAAGCACCGGAGCAUUCCCCACCCCCUGCCCCUCCCUCCGUGGGCAAGUUCUCCUCUUUUGACAAGCUUAUGGAGGCUCUUCAGAAGAGGUUUCCAAGCAAAAGCAGGUGAAUAUCAGUCCAGAUUGUGUUUUUACCAACAUUUUGUCAGGGGCUUUUAUUUUCACUUUUACAACGAACUCUACAAAAUUAAUUUGCUAUUGGCGAAAGUAUCAAGAGGGUUUGUAAAUAACAGAAUACCCAGUCUAUCAGUACUGAUAUGUCUUGUCGGUCUAGAGAUCCGUAUCCCUCUUUCAAAUCUCAACUUCAAUGUCAGAAUCCUCGUUCAGGGUCAUAGUGUGGUCAUUGUUACCCUGUUUUACUUUGAACUUGACAUUGAAAAAGAUGCAAUGCGCAAACCCUUGGUAAUCAAGCAAGAAACUGAAUAAAAAGAAUGAUUUUGCUCCUUUUUGCUAUUUCUAGUAUACUGAAAUAACUGUCAAGGGGGCAUCUAUUAGACAGGGCGGUGUUAAUUAGAGAGGAGCGUCUACAAAUACAAACGUAACAUCGUAGAGAGGGCGUUUAUUGGACAAGAGGCGUUUAUUUGAGAGAGGUGUCAAUGAGAUCAUUUACGGUAAUUUCCACUCACCAGUUACAUUGUGACUUGCACACACCCCUUCCCUUUGCAAGUCAGUCAACACGUAAUCACCGCCUAGUGCAGGAAAAGAAGUGUGUGAAGACUUGAUACGUUGUAGACUAGUGUUUGUACCAUCUCUAUUCAGGCAGGAAUUGAUCUUGUAUCUAAAGAAAGCAAAGGCAGUCUGUGGUUCAGCUGGCUUCAGAGGCAAGCAGAUACCUGAUGUGGUCAAGUGUGUGGAGGACUUGGUUGAGCUUGAGGUAUUG